AUGGUGAAAGUGACUGCUCUUCUUGCAUCGACCAGAUCUGUGGCAUACGUGGGCCUCGCAACUUUGACGGCUAACCGCCUCUUCGCCACGAGCUGGGGCUUUGCCGUGCCGAGGCGGCCAGUGCUGAACGAGGAAGUGAAGUUCCAGGGCUUGAAUGUCCGGUCAUUGCGUGAGAGGCUCCAGGCUUUGGACCUCCCGCGCUCCGGUUCUGGGGAUGUGCUGCGUCUGCGCUUGGCCGGAGCAGAGCACCGCGUGGAGGCCACAGCCCUCUCGAAGAGGAGACGGCAGCGUGUUCGGUGGGCACAGGAGCAGCACUAUUGGAACCUGAGCAGGCGAGGCUGGUACGUGAGACCUCCGCCAUCACUUGGGCGAGGUUCACGGAAUCCUCUGUGCGAGCUCGGCGAGUGUGGUGAUACCGCUUGUGCUCUCUAUCGUUUCCGCGCCGGCUGCGAAGGUACUGCACGUUGGGAUGUGGCUGUCUUUACUUCGAUUGGGAGCUGCUGGAUCGCCUUGCCACGAGUGCAAGGUUUCCCAUUGACCAGGUCUGGGUUGUGGACCGGGCCUUCUGGAAGAAUGCAACUGUCGCUUCGGAUGAGUUCAAGGCGCUCGCAGCUUUCAGCCAGUGGUUUGCAGGCACAUUCGACUUGCAUGCCUUCCGGACGGUGCGUUCUUUGA